UUUCACACAAUCGUUCAGUACAAUUCCUAGACGUCAUGCACUCUGAAUUCGAUCUGCGAGUGCGCCAAGUGGCAAUACACCCCGACCCCCACGAGGCUAAACGGCUGAUUGAGUCGUCCAGCAAAAUCCAUAUGCGGCCAUUCCAGAUCAUCAUAGGAGUACUAACCGGGCUUGCAUUUUGUUGCUUCAUUUUGAGGAUUUUUGUACGACUCAAAUACCAAAAGCAACUCCGCUUGGACGAUGCAUUUAUUGUCCUCGCAGCCAUCUGUCUAUGCGUAGCGACCGGGAAUCUAUACCACAUCUGCCAGUACCUCUACCUGCACUCGGCAGCCGUGCAUGUUCCAGAACUCCUCCCUCUGCUCCUCUCGGAAUUCGAUAAACUCCGCGGCACACAUAAAAAAGUUUAUCCGUUUCUCGCAAUGAUAUGGACAACCACAUUUGCCGUCAGAGGUUGCUUCCUAGCAUUCAUGCGUCCCCUCGUCUGGCACAUCUCGCGAGCAAUGAAUUGGUAUUAUUGGUUUGUCGUAGUAUUCAGCAUCUUGUCUUGGGCAUUCGUUGUCGCCAAUCCAUUCAACAUAUGCCCGUACUAUGGAGUAGAAUCAGUCAAAUGCUUCACUUCCACUGUCGCUGAGGAAAAGACGUUGGGACUUACAUCUCUUGUCACGGUUUUAGAUGUACUGUCUGAUAUUAUGAUCGUUAGCCUUCCGAUUAUUGUUCUAUGGGGAUCUCAUCUAAGCCGGUCUACCAAGUUCGGCUUGGCCGUCUUCCUUUGUUUAUCCAUUUUCAUGGCAAUCUGCGCCUUGAUCAGAAUAAUCGGCUUCCAUUAUAAAGGAAUUGAAGACGACGUUUGGCCGUUCUUCUGGCAGCAGACCGAAGGAUCAAUUGCUGUCAUGAUGGCGUCAAUAACGGCGUUCCGAACCCUCUUUGUCAAACCAGACACAGACGGCGACGAUAUUAAGACACCCCGCAGUCCAAUCGAGAGCUUCUAUAACCGGAUGUUGAGGCGGUUCCGAUCUUUAGCUCAAGCAAAACCCAGCGAAAAACCAAGUUCAAAUUUGACGGCCCAACCAAAAUCUUUCAUUAAACUACCAAGAAUGCCAGCGCCUACAUUUUCAAGUGUAAGAUCGUUCAUCCGCAGAAACAAUCGAACCAACGUGAGCAAUACUGGAUCUGGUACGCUGAACUCGGCUACCGACGUGUUGGUUGAGGACUAUCAUGCGGUAUUGAAAGGGCAGAGAGGUUCUUCCAGAGAUGAAACCUCCUCACAUACAUGA